UUGAACUACAGAUAAAAUACAUACAAUUUUAUACAUUUAGGUCAACUAUUUUGUAUUUUAUAUUUUUGCCUAUUAACGUACUUUCUCUAGCCAUAUUCUCUUUCGUAAGUUCUACAUUUAGAACACGAUAAGUGUCAGCUAUCAUCUUAAUAGUGAAAGUUGAAUGUUCAAAGUCACAAAUCAUGUUGCUUGUCUUCCACCGACGAUAUGGCAAUUAAAAAGUUAUCAAACCAUUCAUGAAUGUCUUUCGACAGUUUUUCAUUUUGUUUGCGCCAUUCACUUAACCUGGUCACGUCCAUGAAAAGUGCUCCUGUCAUCCCGCUUGUAAACAAAUCAGUCACAUGACCCUGUUAUGCAUAAUGAGUGUAGAGCAAGCACGGCUGAAAUUCAUUUAUCAUUUUGUUUAUCAUUGCAGCGAAUAAUGCUCACUUCAGUGACGCUGAAUUGAGAUUAAAUAUGGUAGAUGCAACUUAUCACAUCGCAAAUGUUUUUACAGUAGGAGUGACAACUCUCCUUGCUAUCCUGGGUAAUGUCACUGUCGCCUACGUUUUGAUUAAGCGUUGGAAAGUACUUCUUCAAAACCGGCCGACUUACCAGUUUAUUUUGAACCUGGUCCUGUCGGAUCUUGUCGUCGGUAUAUUGCUUUGCCCUCUUGAAUUCAUACGGCGACUCGCCGGUACAUGGAUAUUCGGAACAGCCCUUUGUAAAAUCGUCGCUUUCGUCCAAAUCUCGGCGUCCGGUACAGCCGCAAUGUUUCAUACACUUAUCGCAGUUGAUCGAUAUCGAUGUUUGGUUCAUCCCCAUCUCCCCAAACUCAAACCAAGACUCGUUAGGCGGCUGAUAGCGCUGUCAUGGGGAGUUCCUGCCUUGGUGGCCACUCCAUAUCUGUACAUGUUUCAAGUUGUCCAGUUCAAUUUCUACCAAAUGUGCACGCCACUUGCCAUUCCACUGCCAUGGCUCGACAAAUUUUACGAAGCUGUUGAGUUUGGCGUGGCGUACCUAUUUCCUUUCUGUGUCAUAUGCUGGUGUUAUUACCAGGUCAUCAGGAUAACACUUGGAAGGCAACCUCCUGUUUCAGGGUCGGCACAUGGAGCCACUGCACGAAUUGCUCUUCGACGAAGCAGAAGGCGAGUCACGAAAACAGCCUGCUUGAUCAUGGUGGCUUUUAUUAUCUGCUGGUCCCCGACAUUUGUCUUGAGUAUUUGGAGAAUUGCCUCCGGCACAGAAAGUGUACAUCAUGGCCAUACGCUGUAUGAAGUUUCCUUUUUUGGAACACUUAUUAACGAAGCAAUCAAUCCAAUCAUUUACAGUGUAUAUGACCAGAACAUGAAUGUUUGCGGUUACAUCUUGAGUGGACAUCGUGUACGCGUCUUUAACGAGUCCGAAACUGCAUCUAGUGCCGUUAGAACCAAUAACAGGAUUCACAACGGCAGUAUAAACACGAUAAGGCAGUUGCAGUUUUAGGAACCAUCUCAACAACCGCCUGAUUGCAUGUUUUGCUUUUAGUGUAUCAAGCUAUGGAAACUGUAAUUUAUGCUUGGUUAAUUAACUUUAAGAACUUCCUUAUGGUAUAAACCUUGAGGGCCAAUUUGUUUUCAAUUGUGUGCGCAGUUUAAGUCGCUUAUAUUUCAUCGCACUGGUGUGACAAUAUGUGUCCUAUUGUCAGGCGGAGAAAGCAAAGAUUUGGCCUAAGGGUCCAUUAAGAGUCAUUUAAGAGCCUCAUAAUUGUGUUGUAGAUAGCCAGCUAGCAAAAGCUCAUUUUGACAACUACAUGUCCAAGAGGUACUGAGUGCAUUUUUUCCAUUCAUUACCGAAAUCCAAAUUUGUCAGUG